AUGGAUACAGAAAUGGUAGUUGGGAUGAGUCACGACUGGACAGCCGAUCUCUGGGACUGGCCAUUGCAGCAGGACACGGUCAUUCGAACGGUCAACACCAAAGAACGCUUCGAAGUGGCCUUAGAUGCAAAGGGCUUUCGGCCAAAUGAAAUUGAGAUCAAAUGCCUUGGCCAUGAACUGUGGGUUCAUUGUAAACACGAACAAACGGAGGAUUCGUACGGUUCGAUCCGACGCGAAUUUCACAGGGCGUACCAUUUGCCGGAAGACGUGGAUACAUCGACUUUGAAGUCGCACCUGCGAAGAGACGGCACCUUACUGAUCGAAGCUAAAAAGAUCGCAUAA